AUGGAGUGGACGAAGUUAGAACACGCUUUCGCUGUUGAGGCAUUUUUUUCAAGCGGUCACUCAAUCGUCGCAACGCAACGUGAAUUCCGCAGACAUUUCAAUAUUGCCCCACCCCUGGUCGUGUUCCUGGCCGGCAGUCGAUUGUUUCAUGGUUUAGCUGGAUACAAUUCCCCCGAGGCUGAAGCAACCCGUCCGCAAGUACCCCCCCUCUCUCUUCCUCUUUCCUUUUCUUCACAAGUCACUGUUUAUUUUUUUCUUAAUCAAUUUCCUUCAGUAGGUUGUUCUUUCUUUCUUUCUUUCUUUCUUUUUUCUUUCUUUCUUUCUUAUGCCAUUCAUUAUCUAUCUAUCUAUCUAUCUCAUACAGUUCAUUAUCUAUCUAUCUAUCUAUCUAUCUAUCUAUCUAUCUAUCUAUCUAUCUAUCUAUCUAUCUCAUACAGUUCAUUAUCUAUCUAUCUAUCUAUCUAUCUAUCUAUCUAUCUAUCUAUCUAUCUAUCUAUCUCGUACAGUCCAUUAUCUAUCUAUCUAUCUAUCUAUCUAUCUAUCUAUCUAUCUAUCUAUCUAUCUAUCUCAUACAGUUCACUAUCUAUCUAUCUAUCUAUCUAUCGAUCUAUCUAUCUAUCUAUCUCGUACAGUCCAUUAUCUAUCUAUCUAUCUAUCUAUCUAUCUAUCUAUCUAUCUAUCUAUCUAUCUGCAAACAUCUUUUACUCCCUUGCCUAUUUUAUUUUUAUUUCUCUUUCUAUAUCCGUUUCUUUCAUUUAA